GCGCCGUCUCCCCCCCACCCCACCCCCGCCCCGCCGCCGCAUCGCCGUCGCCAUGGCGCUGUGCGCCCGCUCCGCGCUCCUCCUGGCGGCCCCGCGCCCCGCCGCGCGCCGCCCCCGCCGCGCACCCCGCGCCGGGGCCGCCGAGGCCUUCGUCAGCUGCAGCCGCCUUCGACACAUUCAGAGUAUCCUGACACAGAGCAGCAAAUCUCAACCUGAUGGAAUCCUUUGCAUUUUAGGAAUCGAUAGUCGAUACAACGAAGGUUGCAGGGAGCUGGCAAACUAUCUGCUUUUUGGCUUGUAUAACCAGAGUAACAAUGACUUUGAGAGAACUGGGUUUCCUGAAGAAGUUCUUGAUGAUAUAAUCAUAUUAAUAAAACCUGACAGUGUUCAUCUGUACUGUAACCCUGUGAAUUACAAUCAUCUUUUGCCAUAUGUGGCAUACUGGAGGAACUUGCAUUUUCACUGUCUAACUGAAAAUGAGUAUGAAGAUGAAGAAGCAGCUGAGGAAUUCAAAAUUUCCAGCUUUGUAGACAUGGUUCGAGAUUGUAGUCGCAUUGGUAUUCCGUACAGCUGCCAAGGUCAUCUACAGAUAUUUGAUAUGUUCAUUGUUGAAAAGUGGCCAAUAGUGCAGGCUUUUGCACUGGAAGGAAUUGGGGGUGAUGGCUUCUUUACAAUGAAAUAUGAAUUAAUGGAUGUCAGUGUUGAUCUGUGGAAAACAUACAGCAAAAUGGAUCCUGUUUCCUUGGAGGACUUGCUCUUUGAGGAUUUAAUGACGUUUGAACAUCAGUGGACCAGCUUUUUUGCUAAUUUUGAUACAGAAAUUCCUUUCAUUCUGGAACUCUCAGAAUCUCAGGCGGGGGAGCCUUUCAGAAGUUAUUUCAGUCAUGGGAUGAUCUCGAGCCAUAUAACAGAUAACAGCCCUAGCCGGCAGCCUUUUGUUCUGUUUGGUAGCCACUCAACUAAAGAAAACUUGAACUCUGGUAACUUUAAUUUUCCAUCGGAAGGACAUCUGGUUCGAAACACUGGCCUUGGUGGAAGCACUGCUAAGCAUAUGGUAGUGCAGUGUGUAUCUCCAAAGGGACCUCUGGCUUGUUCAAGGACCUAUUUCUUUGGAACCACUCACAUUCCUUUCCUGGGAAAUGACAAGGAGGUACACAAGAAAGCUGAGCAAGUUAUGCUGUUGUCGCAAAUAUAUACUGCUGUUGUAGAGGCUGUGCUUGCUGGCAUUGAGUGCUAUGCUAAAACUUCCACUGAAUCCAAGGCAAAGGAGGUAGCAGAGCAGAUGCUUAUGUCUGUGUUAGAUACCCUUCAUCUAACACAACUCAAAACUGCAUUACGCUCGAGAAUCUCUUUUCAAAUUCAGGCUGUGAAUAAUCAUGGAAGAAUUACUCCAUUAGAUAAUGAGGAUAGCCUGAAUUUGGUUAAAACGGCAUCUAUGACAGUAUUUGACAUUCCAGACUUGCUAACAGGAAGAGGAUGCUUGGGAUCCGUAGUCUUUUCAGAAUCCUUUCUAACCUCACAGAUACAUGUAAAAGAAAAAGAUGGCAGUAUUAAUUCAGAAACCAGCCACAUAAUACUGACUGCAGCUAUUCCAAGAUAUGCGUCUUGGCUGGUUGAAGACAGUGAUGUGAAACUAUCUGAAAAGGCACAACAUAUACUGAAGGAAGAUAAAUCUUUUCUGGGCACUUUACUCACUGGAGGCGAUGGAGCAUAUAUUUAUCCUAGCAAUCCACAGGCCAUGCCUGCAGAAGGCAAAUUAUACUUCUUUUCAGAUGGCAUUCUCUUUUCUCAUCCUCACCAUGGCAGCAUUUCCAUGUCAAAGAACCAUAUGAAUUCCAUUUCUUUCUACGAUGGGGAUUCAACCAGUAUCGUUGCCGCUCUCUUUAUAGACUUCAAAAGUUCCUUUCUUGCGCAUCUACCAAUUGAAUUCCAUACCCAAGGAAACUUUUUGAUGAUUUCACUUUUCCCCAAAACAAAGAUUUAUAAAGCCUUUUAUUCACAGGUUUUUUCUUUGUGGCAAAACCAGACCAGCUCAGGAUUGUGUUUAAAGGUUGUCCAGGAAGAAUUCUUGUCUGUGGAACAAAAGAGACUACACUCCAGUGUUCAGAAGCUAUUUAAUGCACUGUCUUUUCCUUCUGGGGAAAGAUGCAGCCAGCUGAAACUAUCGGCUGCUCUCCCAGAGUUAGAAAGGUUUCUGCAACAUUUUACGGUCAGCAGCGUCAGUCGUGAGCCAAUAAUGAGAGCACAUCUUCCUAUUUUAUUGCAACAGUCAGAAAUCAUUCCUGAAAAAGCAGAAAGUGAUAAGGUGGUCAUCACAAUUAUUACAGGCCUUCCAGGAUGUCGCUGCAGUGAUCUGUGUACUUUUCUCAUAACUUUUAACAAGGAGCGUGGAAGGUGGCUUGUUUAUCGACAAACUAUGGAUAGCCCUGAAUGUUUCAGUGCAGCCCACUUCCAGCGUUACCUCUCUGGUGUCCUGGAGGCUCAGCAAAACCACAGUGUCCGUCAGUCCGCUUACACUAGAAAGAACAAGCGACUCUUAGUGGUCUUGCAAGGAUAUACUGAUAUUAUUGAUGUUGUACAGGCUCUGCAAACUCAUCCUGACCCAGACGUGAAGUCUUCUUUCAUCAUUGGAGCAAUUAAUACUUGUGUAGAGCCAUUGAGUUGCUAUAUGGAACAUAGACUACUUUUUCCCAAGUUCUUGGACCAGUGUUCCCAAGGAUUAGUGAGUAACAUCAUUUUUACAAGUCAUGCUACCGAGCAGAAGCAUCCGCUGCUUGUGCAACUGCAAAGCCUUAUCCGAGCAGCAAAUCCUGCUGUUUCAUUCAUCUUGGCAGAAAAUGGAGUUGUAACUAGGAAUGAGGAUAUUGAAUUAAUUCUCUCAGAAAGCAGUUUUGCAAAUCCUCAGAUGAUGAGAGCUCGAUAUUUAAUGUAUCCUGGCUGGUAUGAAGGCAAAUUUGGAGCUGGGUCUGUCUUUCCACCAAUGGUUCAGAUAUGUGUAUGGUUUAAUCGUCCUCUAGAAAAAACACGAUUUGUGACCAAAUGUAAAGCAAUUAAGUCAUUGCUCAAACCAAGUCCUUUUUCUGGAAACAUAUAUCACAUCAUGGGCAAAGUUAAGUUUUCAGAUUCUGACAGAGUGAUUGAAGUCUGUCACAAUACAUCAUCUAAUUUGCUAAGCCUGGUGCCUGUUCAGGAGGGGCCAACUCCUCCUGAUUCAAGAAAUGAUAACAGAGAUUGCAGCAGUCAACAGGAGUACUUCCUUGUGUUCGUUGGCUGCUCUCUCAAGGAAGAAGAUAUAAAAGACUGGCUUAGAGAAACUGCAAAACAGAAACCUCAGAGGAAAGCCCUGAAAACCAGAGGAAUGCUAACCCUUCAGGAAAUAAAAAACAUUCAUGUGAAACGCCACUUGGAUCCACUUCCAGCUGGUUAUUUUUACAAUGGGACUCAAUUUGUGAAUUUUUUUGGUGACAAAAUGGAUUACCAUCCAUUAAUGGACCAAUUCAUGAAUGAUUACCUGGAAGAGGCCAACAGAGAAAUAGAGAAGUACAAUAGAGAACUAGAAGAACAAGAAUAUCAUGAUCUCUUUGAGCAGAAGACAUAAGCAUGUGCAUCCUGUGGAUUUCUGAACCAUCUGUCAGUAACCAAAAAUGCUGUUGUCCUUGCUGGUUAACUAAAAAAUUAGAAGUGAAAUAUCCAUUUUCAGCACUCCUUUUGAAACAAAGAGGUCACUCUUGUAAGGUUGGCAUUUUAAUCUGGUAACUGCUUAGCUGUGUGUACUGUGAGGUUUGCUUCCACUUCACCUUCAUUCCAGAUUGUAAAAAGCAUCACCUGGAAUCUCUGGCUAGUAGUGGAAACGUAUCCAGAAGAAGAAGAAAAGAAGCAGAACUAUAUUUUCUAAUAGAUCAGAAUGUAAUCAUGGAAUUGGUCCGUCAUGCAGAUAAUCAAACAAGUUCGCUCUGUAGAUGUCCCUUGAAACUUGUUGCACUGAAGUGUGAAUAGGCAGUGGUGUACUGCAGUGUGUGGGGAUGGGGGAUGUUCCUAAAGCGAGAAAUGGGGGAACAUUUUAAAACUCCAAAGAGAGUGCCUAAUCCUACUGCUGUUAGGGUGUUCCUAAAGCGAGAAAUGGGGGAACACUUAGCACCUCUGCCUUUUUCCAGAGGGACAGCAUGUCUCAAAAACCUCCGCACUGUUUGAAUCUGCAGUCAAAAUUUUCAUUCUUUUUCUUUCUGAAAAGUUGUUUAUACAUUUCAGGGUGAAACAAGAUGAGGGGAGAUACCUUACUUUCCUCUCAGUUCUGUAACAUACAUUACACGAAUUGGUGUAAUAUGUGACUUGAUGUUGCUUAAAGAUUAUCUUGAAAUAUUAUUUCAGUAGUAAAAACUAAGUAAAGCAAGAGAAGGGAAGGAGCAUGAAAAGCCAGGAUUUUUCAGCUGAAUAAUUCCUCUUCGUGAAAAUGACUUAUUUCCAAAGGUGAAAAAUAUCAAAAUAAAUGUUUCAAAUAUGAAAUACCUUGUUUGUGAAGCUUUCAGAAGAAUUUGCACACUAACAUUUUAGAAAGCUGAUACACUAGGUUUUAAGUACUUGCAACAAAACCUUUACAGCUAUUAAAUGAUACUGCAGUAGGAAUUAUGGCAACAUAUCCUUUAACUUAACUUAGAACAAUUUUAAGUGACACUAUAUAGAUUAUUGGCUGAAGCAAUAUAAGGUACCUUAGCAGCUACUUAGACAUGAUUAUUGAAGCUUAUUUGAAUUAUCAGCUUACUGUAGCAUGCUAUGUGUUCAGAAUUCAGAGAAGUGAAAACAGUCCAGGAGAGAUUUUUGAUUUUCAGAUUACUUUGCCUUGGGAACAGCUUGAUCUCUUAAUGCAGCUGUAAUCUUUCUUUUUGGCCAGAUGUAUGUAAUGCAGUAAAAAAUUACUGAAGAAAUAAUUUUUUACAUUUUCUGAAAUACUUAUGUUUAACUGAAAUCCAUGCAGUCUCUCUUUGUGGAAGGAGAAUGAGACUUAACUCCUGGUGAUGUCAAACCUAAGGCUAUGUACAAUAUUAUGCUGUAGGAAAUAUUUUUUACCUUUGGAAUCUUAAAUGGCUGAAAUUUCAAUAAACCUAUCAAAAAUUGAAACACCAUUUAGGUAGACUUUAUGUAUUGCUACUAGCUGACUUGGUGUCUGUGCUGUGGUGGUUAUACAGUAUAGGCUUGGAAUUCCAGGUGCUGCAGAUUGGGAUAUAAAUGUGAUAAGGUUUCGUUAAUAGCUUUCCUACUAGACUUAAAUUGUCUGAAUUUAAGAAUUUUUUUGCACACCACGAGACUUUAUGAAACUACUUGUAUCCUGUUAAAGUACAGUAAAAGCCAGCAGUUAGUUUGUGUUUUUAGGCUUUCUGGGGUAACCCAUGUUACAGGUAUAGAGCAUCAUGAUAAGGCUCGUGAGUUAUCUAUGCAUGGCUAUACUUUAGUCUUAAUAAACUGUAGUGCCUGGUAGAGUAAAUAUAGCUAGCAGUGGAUCCUGGGGGAGUAGCAGGUGUUUAUAAACUAAGUAUAGUUGGCUGCAUGAAACUAUAUGUCAAACCAGGAUUAUUAAAGUACAGAAUUCUGGAGGUAACACUGCAAUAAAAGGGGCAUUAGGAAAUUUUAAAAACAGUAUAGUUCUUUGCCAAUAAACUUAGUGUAAAUCCAGUGUGCUCCUUUCCAGUACAAGUUAUCUAAUCUGCAAAGCCAUAUUUCUAGAAUAGUGGUAUGACUAUGUAACGUCAGAAGAAACACCAGUGGUUGAGACAAAUGGCAUUCUGAUGCUUUGUCUCAACCUGUAAGUCAAUAACAGUGUAGGUCUAAGUGCAAUUGAUUAAAUGAUAAGUGAAGAUACUGUAGCUUAUUUUGCUCUGCUGAACUCUUUUUAAGAACUCCAAUUUGUGCAGCUCUCGAAAAUAAAUGAUGAUAGGGUUAAUUCAUCUGGCGUUGGCAUAGUGAGUUGUAAUUACAACUGAGAUGCCCUGUGAUGAAAAGGAAAUACGUAUAUAAAACUGGUGUACUGUGCAAAUUGAGCAGUUUUUUAAAAACUGAAUCAGAAGAGCUGAGAACAAAGGCCUAGUAUACUUAUAUACUGUACUGCAUGCUAUAUUAUAAUAACUGUGUAAUAUGAAGACCUUUCACCAUACUGGUACUGUUUCAAUUAAUAUAUUUUGGUAUUGAAAUAAUUUGAUUACCUCAAUUUUUUUUUUAAUUUUUAGCUGUGACUUUAAAACAAAAAAAUUACCGAAAUAGUGAAACUGUGACAAUGGUAUCCUUUAAACAUAGUAGUGCCUUGCAAAUGACGCCAUCAGUGCACUAAGCAUAAAAUAAAUGGACGUCAUGGGUUGUAUUGCUUGCACCCUCUUUUUUAAAGGAAAAACGGUUUUGGUGAAAGGACUUAAAAUUAACCUAGUGAAGAAUAUUAGCACAAAUGGUUAAACUGUUUAAAAAAACAAAAAAACUCUUUGAGGACUAAAACUGUAAAUAUCUGAUGCUGCUCAUAGUUUAAUAGCAGUUGCUGAUUAUUUUGGAGUUACUUCUUACAGUCAGCAGCAUUUUUUUUUUUUUUUUUUUUUUUUUUUUUUAAGAAGAGCGUAACUUUUGUAUUCUGGUCAAAGAUGUUUAUACCAUAUCAAAACCCAUCUGUAGGGUAAUCUGGUUUUCUUACUGUUUUGAAGUUGACGUGAGGAUUAAGUUACUUCUAAUGAUCUAGUUUUUUAGCUACUGUAAAACUAAAAAAAAAAAAAAGAAAGAAAGAAAAGAAACCUACCAUUUCUAAACUGCAGAUGUUUGGAUACAUUAAAAGUGCCAUUACACUGUUCCUUUAUCUUUUACUGUAUUUUGAAAAUUGAUAACAGUAAAUUUGUGUCCAGGCAUUUCUGAUAUUGUGAAGAAGUGCUGAGAGUCCUCAAGGGGUUUACAUACUUUGCUGACCUUCAUGUUAGCAGCUUGUGUUGUUUUUUUUCCUCACGGAGAAUGUGUGUGAUCAGAAGUUACUGAAGUUAUAGGGAGAAAAAUGUGAUAAAUCUAGGAAAGGAAUGCUUGCAACUUGAACUGUGCUGCGAUCUAGGAGUAUUUUAUAUUAAGCUGUGCAAUUUGGUAUUUUCCAAUUUUACACUUUGCAUUUGACAAAACUGAUUGCAGGGAGGAUUUAAGUUGCAGGUAAAAGUUCCCUAAUAAGUUUUUAUUAUUUUUUUUUUAAUUGACACUUUUCUGAAUUUGCACAGAUUUAAGCUCUAGAAUACUUUGCUGGUAUUCUUAAAAGGGAAAAAUUGUAACUAGUAUAGUGAAUUGUAAGCUGUGAGUUGUUAGAACUGCAUCGUUAAUCUAAUUUUAGAUUGUUUAAAAUGUACCUCAGAAAGCUAGUGAGAAAUUGCUUCAUUUUUACACAAUUGUCAGAUGUUAAUAUAACACUUCUCACUUUACAAUGUGCCAAAAUUCACUCUUAUACUAGUUCUCAAUGCUUUAAUAUUUGCAACUUAAGUUAAAAACUUGUAUUUACAAACACUACUGUAACUUCAGUUAAACUGAAUUGUGUGAUUGAAGCUUUUUGCCUAUUGUAUUUAUUACACAACUUGAUUCAGUAAAUAUAAAAUUACCUUUCCAUUUAUUUUUGUAUUGUUUUACAUGUUUAUACCUGUAGUUUGUGUGACUUUUACACCUGUAACUCAGAUGUGAUGGAAAGAACCAAUAAACAGUAUCCAUCUACUGUCA